AUGUCUUCCAACUCAUCAUAUUUGAGCUAUCCGGUCAACUCCUUUGGCCCCACGGUGCCAGGGGAGUUUGAUUUCACCCUCCUGUUCGAAGAUACUAUAUUAUCCAUCUUGCCUUCUGUGUUGUUACUCGCGGUUCUGCCCUUUAGAUUAAUAGCCCUCCGCGGAAAGCCUCGAAAAGUAUUCAGAAGCCACCUCUCCAUGACUAAUGCAGCCAAGUUAUUCUUAUUGGUCUUCACAUGCAUGCAAACUGCUCUUCUAGGACUGUCCGCUACAACAAGUCGUCUCAGGACAAGAGCAACGAUAGUCGCAUCGGUUCUUACUCUUAUAGAUGCUAUUGGUCUGUGCAUCCUGAGCCAUGCAGAACACCUCUACUCUAUCCGACCAUCAGCCAUCAUCAACAUUUAUCUUCUUCUUAGUCUGCCCUUCGACAUUGCCCGUAUUCGAACUUUGUGGAGAUUGGGUUCAACCAAUUCGGUAGCAGCCACGCUAACUGGCACCAUUGGCAUCAAGUGCCUGAUACUCUUUACGGAAGCCAUUGAAAAGAGAACGAUUCUCCUAGAUCGUUAUAGACAUGCGUCUCCAGAAGCCACGAGCGGUAUAUAUAGCAGAAGCUUUUUCUUCUGGUUGAACAACCUUAUGAGAACAGGAUUCACACGUGUACUGAGCAACGAAGACCUGUAUCCGAUUGACGAUAGUAUGACUUCGCGAUUUUUGAAUCAUCGCGCACAUGUAUCAUGGACAGCAGCCGAUAAAAGCCGUCGGUGGGCGCUAAUGUGGGCGACGCUCAAGGCAACCCGGAGUCCUUUAUUGUAUUGUAUUUUCCCGCGGCUAUGUAUGAUCGGAUUUCAAUACGCGCAGCCAUUCUUGCUGUUCAGGACAGUCAACUUUGCGAACAAUCCCGACGAGCCUGAUAGUAUUGGUUGGGGGCUCACCGCUGCCUUUGGGCUUGUGUUUCUCGGCCUUGCUAUUUCGAAUGGUGCAUAUUACCAUAUGUGUUACCGAUUUGUCACUACAGUACGAGGAUCAUUGGUGAGUUUGGUUUAUGCUAAAACAAUCGACCUAAACAUCACCGCUCUUGACGAGAGCGUAGCCGUCACCUUGAUGUCGAACGAUACAGAGGCGAUUUGCCAAGCAUUUCAGUAUGUGCAUGAAUUAUGGGCGGUACCCAUCGAGUUAGGCAUUGCUCUGUGGCUUCUUAACAGGCAACUUGGCUUGGCUUUCUUGGCUCCAGGAGCGGUUGCUAUUCUUUCAACAACAGGAUGUUUAGCUAUGGCGAAGUAUAUGGGCAAUGCCCAGAAGAUCUGGAUGGAGGGCAUUCAAACUCGAGUGGACGUCACUGCUACUAUGCUUUCGUCAAUGAAGUCAGUGAAGAUGCUAGGGUUUACCAGCAUAUUAAGCAGCAUUAUACAAAGCCUUCGCAUUACGGAAUUGAAGUUAUCAACACUAUUUCGAAAAUUGCUCUGUGUGAGGGUCUUCUUUGGAAAUAGCACGAAUGCGAUAUCCCCACUGGCCACGUUCGUUGUAUUUGUCAUUAUAGCAAAUGCUUCAGGUCAGACUCUUAACGCUGCCUCGGCCUACACAGCGCUUUCGUUGAUCUCGCUUCUAUCAACGCCAAUGAACAAUAUAGCCAUGACGAUUCCAAUGUUGAAUGCUGCAAUGGCUUGUUUCGAACGUAUUGAGUCCUUCUUAAAGUCCGACGCAAGAAGGGACCAUCGAUUACCUUUACUAGGCGCUAUAGAGCCUACCGAUGAGUCCUCAACGCCUUCACUCAAUGAUGGAAUCGCUCUCAAACCGCUCCCGAAGGUCAUACAGCGUAGCGACAUUGAGUCAGCAUUGAUAGUGGUACAGGAUGCAAGCUUUGCAUGGAGUCUAACUACGUCUCCGGCAGUCAGAGACCUAAGUUUCACUCUACAACGUGGACAGGUGUCCUUCAUCAUUGGUCCAGUCGGUAGUGGCAAGUCAACGCUGUUGAAGGGUCUGUUGGGAGAGACGCCAUCAUCUCAGGGAUUUGUUUACAGCGCUUCAUUGGACAUUUCGUUCGUGGACCAGACGUCUUGGAUACGCAAUGGUACAGUCCAGCAAAACAUCCUGGGUAUCUCUUCGUACGAUGAGGGAUGGUAUAGUCAAGUCGUGCAUUGCUGCGGGCUAGAGAACGAUAUCUCAAUCCUACCGAAGGGUCAUGCAACGCAAGUAGGUAGUGCCGGAAUAUCGCUUAGCGGUGGCCAAAAACAACGCCUAGCUCUUGCCCGAGCUGUCUAUGCGAAGAAAGAGCUCAUAUUCUUGGAUGAUGUGUUCUCUGGCCUGGACGCAGAGACCGAGGAUCACAUUUGCAGCAACCUCUUUGGGAAAGAUGGUUUGUUCUACAAAAAUCGAACAACCGUCCUUUUCGCUACCCAUGCAGUUCAGAGACUCAGCUAUGCUGACAACAUUAUUGUCCUUGGUCCCACAGGACGAGUUUUAGAGCAAGGUAGCUUUGCAGAGUUGAAGGCUGCUGGUGGCUACGUCCAAAGUCUGUCUCUAAAGCUCAAGGCAGAAGGGUCGGCUUCGCCGAAGGAGAGGAAACUGCAAUCAACCGUCGCAGCAGCCAAGUCUGCAGCAGUUCUCUCCGCCGAAGCUGAAGAAAUCGAGAUUAGCGCUGAAGAUCUCAACAGGCAAAGUGGCGACUUUGCUGUAUACAAAUACUACUUUAGUUCUAUUGGUUGGGCGCACAGUACCAUGUUCUUUGGUUGGGUAUUACUGUAUGGAAUAGCCUCCAAGAUGACCGAAUUUGUCUUGACGUACUGGACGAAAGCUGUGGCUGCACACGGAAACGAGGUCAAUGGAUUCUAUCUUGGCAUAUACGCACUCUUAUCUAUAUUAGGGCUGGUGGGUUUGCUCGGUGGUGUUGGAGAGUUGGCAUUGCGGCUUGUACCUCGUAGUGCUGAGGUCUUGCAUGCUCGAUUGCUGUCGACUGUAAUGGGCGCUCCAUUAACCUUCUUCACAAAAACGGAUACGGGACAAACAACAAAUAGAUUUAGCCAGGAUAUGACUGUCCUAGACGCCGAGCUUCCAUACUCGCUCAUCGACUUGUGCUUUUCUCUGGUCGUCACAAUCAUGGGCGCCGCCUUGAUGUGCGUUUCAGCAGGUUAUUUCGCCGCCACAAUGCCACCUAUUAUCCUAAUAGUCUGGGUGUUACAAAAAUACUACCUGAGAACGUCGAGACAACUACGCUUACUCGACCUCGAGGCGAAAUCGCCACUAUAUUCCCAUUUUAUUGAAUCUCUAAGUGGUCUCGUUACAAUUAGAGCUUUUGGAUGGGGUGAACACUUCCAGGAGCGUAAUUUGGUGCUUCUGGAUGUUUCACAGAAGCCUUACUAUCUCCUCUUUUGCAUACAGCGCUGGCUGGCGCUUGUAUUGGAUCUGCUAGUCAUGGUUAUGGCAGUAAUAUUGAUGAUUCUUGUGGUCAAACUCCGGACAGAGAUUAGCCCGGGAUUUGUUGGUCUUGCAUUACUGAACGUUAUGAGUUUCAAUCAGUCCUUGGCAUACAUCAUUCAAAAUUGGACAAAACUGGAGACUUCGAUCGGAGCUAUCUCUCGUCUGAUGAAUUUUUCGAGGCAGACAGCAUCUGAAAACCUCCCAGGCGAAGAUGAAGAUGUAACUGAAGACUGGCCAGCUUUUGGGAAUAUCGAAUUCAAAAAUGUAUCCGCAUCAUACACUGCAAACGACACACUCGUUGUUCGAAAUCUCAACAUGUCGAUCAACGCUGGCGAGAAGAUAGGGAUUUGUGGUCGGAGCGGCUCCGGGAAGAGCUCUCUGAUAACGACACUUUUCAGAAUGCUCGAGGUGACUGAGGAUAGUUCGAUCACAAUUGACGGGGUUGACAUCACUCGCCUUCCGAGGGAAUUGGUCCGGUCAAGGCUAAAUGCCAUCCCGCAAGAGCCGUUCUUCGUUCGAGGUACUGUCCGGGCAAAUGCCGAUCCUAAUGGCGAUCACACGGAUGACUCGAUCAUCUCUGCGAUCCAGAAAGUUCAUCUCUGGGACCUGGUAUUCAGCAAAGGAGGUUUGAACACCGAACUUGAUUCAGAGUUCUUUUCGCACGGCCAGAGGCAAUUGUUCUGUCUUGCGCGAGCCAUAUUGCGGAGAAGUAAGGUUGUUGUGCUCGAUGAAGCGACAAGCAGCGUGGACACGAAGUCUGAUGACUUGAUGCAGCAGGUGAUUCGGAAGGAGUUUGUGGGCUGCACUGUAAUUGCUGUGGCACAUCGCCUCGACACGAUCAUGGACUUUGAUAGAAUUGCGUUGUUGAGCAAGGGGAGCUUGGUAGAGUUUGACAGUCCGCAGGCGUUGAUGGCAAGGCCGAGUGCAUUCAGAGAAUUGUAUAACUCCUGA